ACCGACCACAUAACAGCCAUGAGCACCACGUAACUAAAGUUGGUUACAUUUUAUUGUUUGGUUUGGUUGAAUAUUGAAGCCUUAAUCCGUCGACAACAUUCGACUGUCAAUCCCUAUUCUUCUUCCACAAUUCUCUCUAUUUUUUCCUUGAUUCGUAUCCUCCUGGAUAAUUUCCUGCACUAUUUUGGGGAUUUUCUUCCAGACAAACCAAAAAAACUAAAAAACAGAGGAGCAGAAUACCGAUUGCGAUGCAAAGGGCUGUUGACAAUGUUCUCGCUGUAACCAAAGAGUCAGUAUUCUCUCCCCUUCUUCCUCGUUUCGCGCGCAUUAUUGAUGCUUUAGUAUUUCGUAUUUUGCUUGAUUAAUUUGGGGCUGGGUUUUGGUGAUCAAUAUGGUUUUAUCAGGGAGCUGUUUCUUAUUCUUUUAGUUGCAAAUUUUGGUUCCUUUUCAUUUCUGUUGGUAGAAUUAUGUUGAUUAUCAUUGUGUGUUUCUUCAUUGAUGGAAAGCUGUGGCUUGAGACAGAGGAUUAAAUUAAUUUGAGAAUUUAUUGUAAUUAGCUGGCGGUUAGAGGGGUGUGUAUGGAGACAGGUUUGCAGCAAUUGAGUCAGAUUUACGUAUUGGAUGAGGAGCUGCUGUGAGUGCAUAUGUCGCUGAAUCAACACGUAUUAGUCUUGUUUGUUGAAUGGAUUGGAUAUUUGGGGGGAAUUAGUGGAGUAUAUUUUAUUGCAUUGAGUGGAAGGACAAAAUGAAUUUGUUUGCUCUUAAUGUGAAGUUGACUCCGGAAAUCCAAAUGGAGCGUUUUAUGUUCACCGGAGGCAGCGAAUGGUUAGACAUGAAUACGAGAAGAAUGAAAUAUGUCCAGCAAAGUAGAAUAAUGCCUUCUAUUGUUUAAACGUGAUGGAUAUUUUUGCAUGUGCUACGAUCAAUAUCCACCGAGUGCAAGCAUUGUUUAUGUUGAGCUGCUGAGGGAUGUUCUUUGUGAUAAAGUCGGUAAAGACGAUCACAUAUGAAUCUCUGCACAAUAUUGUAAGAUUUAUAAAUGGAGUGUCAGCUUUAUUAUUGUCUAUUUUGCCUGGAAAGACUUCUAUUCUUGAAGGCAUUCAUGGUUGGGAGCUUAGGCCAACUUUUCGUGGACCUCGACUUCCUCGUUGGAUGGAGAAUGGCGUAUCGUCUUUCAAUAAAUUCAUUCAUGAAGUUUCUGUUGAUUCUGACACGUCCUCAACUGUGGAUUAUUCAUCCGAUGGAGAAGAAUGUGAUAUUUAUCCUCCGUCUCCUCUGUCACAAAGUUCCCGAGUCUCACGAGAAAGUAUUUUUACGAAACAGAACAGAAGCUGGAUAUGGUGGAUAAGAUUUAUAAUUUCAUGUGUUUUGUAUCCUGUGAAAUUAUUUUUCUUCCUACCACUUUAUUUCAUUAGAUCAGAUUUUCCUACUUCUAAAGCCCCCGUGAGGUCAGGAAACUAUCCUUCAGUCCCACAAUCUCCUAGAAGAUUGCAAAAUCUCAAGGAUCAUUUUGUUCAACGGGCCACUGAUCGCAGACAUGGCGUUGUCGAGGAUCUCCACCUAGCAUUUGAGUUUUUCAUAGAAUCUGCAUUUGAUGUUGUUCACACGGCGGCCCAUUGCGUGCUUUCUCCAGUAAAUACCUUGAGAAGUGUAUGCCAGUGGUUCUUCUCCAAACUCAGUUUUCGCCCUACUGCUGUUCUGUCAGAUAAGGAUCCAACUCCUUCUGAAAGGAAAACGUCUUUCAACCUCAAUACAGAUGCCAGGACAUGUCAAGAUGUCAUAACAGAGCUUGGGUAUCCUUAUGAAGCUAUCCGUGUGGUUACAGCUGAUGGAUACGUACUUCAUCUGGAAAGGAUGCCAAGGAGAGAUUCACGAAAAGUUGCCUAUCUGCAGCAUGGAAUAUUAGAUUCAUCUAUGGGUUGGGUGGCAAAUGGUGUCGUUGGUUCUCCUGCUUUUGCAGCCUUUGAUCAAGGUUAUGAUGUUUUUCUUGGAAACUUUCGUGGAUUAGUUUCGAGAGAACACAUCAACACGAAAAUCUCAUCCCGGCAAUAUUGGAAAUACUCAAUCAAUGAGCAUGGGACUCGAGAUAUACCAGCAAUGGUGGAGAAAAUACACGAAAUUAAGAUUUCUGAACUGAAGCCUCGCAAAUCUGAUCCCAAGGAAGAAAGUAACACUGAUCAACCUUACAAACUCUGUGCAAUUUGUCACAGCCUGGGAGGAGCUGCCAUUUUGAUGUACGUUAUAACUCGUAGGAUAGAGGAAACACCCCACAGACUGUCCAGAAUGAUCCUACUCUCACCGGCUGGCUUCCACCAUGAUUCUACCGUUGUAUUCACUGUAUCAGAGUACUUAUUUUCUCUGAUUUCUCCUCUCUUAGCACCUUUCCUUCCAGCCUUCUAUAUUCCCACUAGGUUUUUCCGUAUGCUGCUAAAUAAGUUGGCUCGCGACUUCCACAACUUACCCGCGGUUGGGGGACUGGUACAGACCCUCAUGAGUUAUGUCGUCGGUGGCGACAGCUCAAACUGGGUCGGGGUCUUAGGUCUACCUCACUACAACAUGAACGACAUGCCAGGCGUUGCGUUCAGGGUGGCGAUGCAUCUAGCGCAGAUGAAGCGCACGAAGAAGUUUGCAAUGUUCGACUAUGGCAGUCGGGCCGCGAAUACAGAGGUGUAUGGCACCCCGGGGCCGUUAAACCUGGGGGAGUUUUACAGCUUGAUCGACAUCCCCGUCGACCUCGUGGCCGGGAGGAAGGACAGGGUGAUCAAGCCAUCCAUGGUGAGGAACCACUACACGGUGAUGAAGGACGCAGGAGUGGAGGUGUCCUUCAGCGAGUUCGAGUACGCGCACUUGGACUUCACGUUCUCUCACCGCGAGGAGCUCUUAUCCUACGUGAUGUCGCGCCUGCUGCUGGUGGGCGGGCCCUCGAAGCAGAUGAACAGGACUAAGUCCAUCAAGGUGAAGAGGAAAGAUCUGUAGGUGAAAGCAGCCAAAGUGAACACGUGAGAGCUGGUUGUUUAUCUCCUCAUUGUAGGAGAUGUUCAGCCUAUGUACAUACAUAGAAAGAGAUAGAGUUGGGAGUGCUUGGUGUUGUUAGUGAAGAUUUAAGCCAUCUUAGGUCUCGAUUUCCUCCUCUCCUUUUUUUUUCCUGGGAAUAGAAAACUAGAGACGUCAGUGUGGUUUGGAGCUAAUAGCAAGCGCCUCUAGUUUGUGUUGUAUUAUGUCAAAAGUGUUGUAUGUAACUUUAGACCUCACAAUAUUCUUGAGAUGAUGUAUGUUGUACUAUUAUAAUAAAAAUUCAAACUAUUUUUUUGUA